AUGCCUGGCUAUCGAGUCGCCAAGCUAUCGGCAGUUCGGGGACUGCUCAGGAGCCUCAGCGCCGCGAGCGGCAAUCAACGGAGUCAUGGAUACUUUUCGUGGGCGUUUGGAUCGGCUCAGAUGGCCGAGAAGAGUGGCGAGGGACCGCCGACACCUUUCAGUUGCCGGAUACGUCCGGUUCCGGUGCUGACGAGGAGGUUCUCGUCGGAGGUUUCUGCGUCGGAACAGAUAAAUCUGAUCAAACAGCUGAGGGAAAGGACGAGCGCCCCGAUCAAGGCCGUCAAAUCCGCUCUCGUCGACUGCAACUGGGAUAUCGGUUGGUCAGCCUGGCACAUUUUAUUUCGGCUUGUUAGAACAAUGCCAGCUUCUUCUGACGACGACUCCUCUUUGAUUAGCCCGACUAUAUUGCCACUUCGAUUGAUGCAGAUGCUGCACAGAAGGACCUGAGGAAGAGGGGGGUGGUUCUCGCAUCAAAGAAAUCGUCAAGGGCGGCUGCCGAGGGGCUUCUUGCGAUAGCCCAGAGCGACCGUAAGGCGGUAGUGAUUGAGCUCAACUGCGAGACAGACUUUGUGGCGAGAAACGAUAUCUUCCAAUCACUGGUUCGUAGCGCAUCACAUUCAUUCUUCAUAUUCCUGCGUUGAACAGGUUAAGGGCGCCGCACCACGUUUUGGUUGACCGAGUGAACUGUUAAUAGCGCAGUAUUGUCUGGUCUAGCUUUGUUAGUUUUAAAAAGCGUUUCUUCUGUCAUUCUUAACAUUUCUGAAAAUAAAGCUUGGCUAAUCAUGCGAAAUAGAGACGUCGCGAAAGAAAAUGAGAGCACUUGAAAUCAGAAUGAUUCAUGAAAGUUGAAACUAUGGGAUGAAGAUUCUCAGAGAGUCCCUGAGUGCUAUAUGGCGUUGCCUUAAGAAUGAAGAGAUAUCCACUCUAUAAAUUUUAUUUAGAUAUUUAUUUGAUUUAAGGAGCACUGUGGAGAAGGGAGUAGUUUGGAGGACAUGUCUUAGCACAUCCCAGCAGAAGUGGUUCCCCAGUGAUGCAAAGAAGACUGUUUGAGUCCUGCGGAUGAGAUAAUGCCAACAAGACUGAUGGGCGAAGAUGCCCUCAUUUUUUUGGUUUGGAAUUACGAGCAAGAGAGUGCAUGGGCUAAGAUUUGAGGAUAAAUAUCAGUCACCGUAACUAUAUCACAAUAUCUUAAUGAUGCCAAGAAAAUUGUACCUACUCUGCGAAAGAAGGCGUUCCGCUUUGAAAAGUUAUGUUACUAGCCCGAUGUUUGUGAAAGAUACUCGCUUUUAUAUUCCUCAAUCGUUAAUCAUUUAUUCGUCUUAUUUUGAGAAAGUGAUAAGUAAUAAUUCUUGCAGGCCACAUCCUUAGCAAGGAUGGCUUUGUCUGGUGAAAACUCAGAUCACCAAACAACAGCAUUUCCUUUUGGCUCAGAAUACUUCGAGGUAUAGGAUACCCUCUCUUUCUUCUUCAAAUGAUAAAUUGGUGGCUUUUAAAGCUCUUUAUUCAGUCUUUUCAUUUUCUAUUUCUCCCCCCUACCACACACACACACACACACACACACACCAACAAUUUUUUUUAGUACUAAUUAGAAACACAUACAUUCGCAUGCCAUCUCAUGUGCCGAGGCUCACACACAGCUAGGGUGCUUGGGUGCCUAAUAUGGUGGGUGGGAGAUACAGUGCCCUGCACGUUGGGCAUUUGUUCUUUUCGGUGUCUGUUUACAUGCUUGCUUGACUAUUCUGAUACAACUUCUUUACCUACUGCAGAACAAGAAAGUUUGUUUGGACCAUCCCAAAUUGAAUGGUGAAAUGACGAUUCAAAGUGCAAUUACAGAAGUGGCUGCCAUGGUCGGGGAGAAUGUAAAAUUUAGAAGAGGCUUUGCGUUGUCAACAUCAUCACAUGGUGUUGUCUGCUCUUACCUCCACACAAGUCCUCAACCAGGUUUGUCAGUUGUUGAAUAAUCUCUGUUUCAGGAAACUAAAUAGAUAUGCUAAGCUUUUGGGCCGUCCAUUCAUUUUUCUCAGUUGUUUCUUAAGGCCUACUUCUCUGUUCCCAUUUUAUUUAAUUCUUUCAUUCACUCAAAAAAAAAUUGUACUCAUUAAAUUUUUCAGUAGAUUGGUACCAUGAUAUGGAUGGCUAGGUUUAUUAAAGGGGUACAUUCUCAAAUAUUGCCACAAAAUAAAGGUGUAUGUGUAAUUCAAAUCCUUUCAGUCCAAAAUCUAAAUUUUAAUGUUUCAUGUGUGGUGAAACCCAGUUUUCGAUGAAGAUGGUGUCCAACCUCACUUCAGAAACGUUGCCUAAAAUCCUUGUAUAGCCAACAAUUGAAAGGGGGAGUCCGGACCAGAGCAACUAAUCCAAAUGAUCCUUCUUAGGGCUACAUAAGAUGUACAUUCUUGAUAAGGAUUCCUCUCAUCCUGCCUUCAUUUAAUGAAGGCAUUUCUCAUUCUUUAUUCUUAGAAUAGGAGUACCUUUCUUACCAUGCUGUUAAACUCGUCAUUAGAUGUUUUCAACUGAAAGGGAAAUACCCAAUGACUUGUGAAGUUCUCUAGCAGAGAAUACCCUACCCAUAGUUCAUUUGGAUAUCAACUGAUCAAAUAAUCUCAUGAUCAAUGGAUUUUCCGAAAUGUUUAUAAAACAUUUGCAGCAAAUGUUGAUAUUUCCAGAAAUAUCUGCAGCAACAGUUGAAGUACUUGUUUCUCUUAUUGAUAUCACCACUUUCCCAGAUGUGAUAGCUCUUCCGAUUGUGUUGAAUUCGCCGUGCAGUCUUUAAUUUGCUCUUUUGCUUUUUUGUGCUUUUUCCAAAAGGGAAGCAUGCUCGCAUGGAUUACUGAAUGUCCGUGGAAGUAAUAUUUUAAGUAGGAUGAUUUUUUAUCAUUGAUAAGAUGUCCCAAUUAACUGCCACGUCAAAACAUUGCCGUAUUUUGGGUGGGAAAUAGGACUAUUGGGAAGCAUUAUCUUAAGAAUGAGUGUGAAGAGUCAUGCUGGGGUCUAUCAAAGCAAGAAUAAGGUCAUUUUUUUCCUAUUUAUUUCUGUUUCUGGGAUUGCCGUGUCGUCCUAGAGAGAUGACUGAUAGGAUCCAACUGUGAUAAGUCUCCUAUCAUAUUAUGCAGGAAUGCAUGUUAUGAGAUUUUUAGGAGUACUAGCAGUUGAAUGAUGGAAAGUUGUGCAGAGAAGAACGGUAAAAAAGUUUCCUUGUAAGGCUGGUCUCGUUGGAAUAUAAAUGGUAGAUAUUGCACAAAUCUGUGAAGACUUAUUGAUUGAAUAUUACAUAAAUUGCUCUACGUGGAAGCGAAAAUUCACUAUUACGAAAAUCCGGACGGAUCCAAUGACCAUUGAAUACCUUUUGGAAUUAAUUGAUUUAAUCGAGUAGAAGCCAGCCACAAAAAAAAUAAAAUUAAAAUAGAAGGAAUGACUUUAAAAUUUACAUUUUUUUUCUCACACUCUUACAUUUGCACAUUUUUAAUGGGCCCACACAUCAUCACUCUUUUUUGGCUACAUGAUUAUCUCUUCAUAUAAUCCAUUAUAACUUAUAACGUGAUGCUGAACAUUGUAAGUAUUUGGAAGAUGCUGAGUUUUUAUUUCUUUCCGAGUCACUAGUGGGAUGGACCAAUUUUUUUUGAUAAAUAACGAAAUAUUUCUAGUGUUUCGGUCGAAGGCUGACCUAUGCUAAACUGACCUAACAACUUAACAGUGCUACAUUCCGAUUGAGGUCAAAAGUCCCAAGUUUGACAUAAAAAUCUCAACCACAUUCUGACCCGGGUAGGUCAACUGUGAAGGAGCAUUUAGUAAUAAUAUGAUUGGGGACCCGAUUCGACCCUCUAACGUUGUAUGAUGCUAUGGAUCGAUUCAGAACUUUGUUGCUGCAAUGGACCUCUCUUAUAUACACCAUAUUUAUCUUCCUGUAGGAUUAGGACGUAUUGCUGGUCUGGUGACCCUCGAAAUUGAAGACGGAAACACUGUGCUUGAUCCUCUUCAUCAGGUCGGUGCAUCAUUGGCCAUGCACAUAGUAGCAGCCAAGCCACUAUUCUUAUCCAGAGAGCUUGUUUCCUCUGAAGCUAUUGAGAGUGAGCGGGACAUCCUCAAAUCUCAGGUAUCCCCACAAAUCUUUUUCACCAAUUUUGCGCUCUCUGGCGUCUAUCUGCCUUGAAGAAGUUGCACUUUGUGGUAAUUUAUGCAUGACAGAGAAGACAAACUAUGAAAUCCUCUGUUCUCUCUCCCCACCAUUUUCUCAUGGCCCUGUAUUUUUUCCUACUAUUCAGUGGAAAUCCUCGCAGCACUGUUAUUUCAUUUUUAAUACGAUGUUCUUGGCAGGCAGAGAGCUCUGGGAAGUCUCAGAUGGCUGUCGAGAAAAUGGUUGAGGGUCGCCUGAGAAAGUACUUUGAAGAAGUGGUGCUGAUGGAGCAGAAAUUUGUUGUGAAUGAUAGCCUGACCAUCAAGGUCUUGUGGCAUCCGCUGCCCUCUCUGUUUGUUGAUCCGGCUCCAUCCAUGGCCAAAGUUUUCAAUUUUCUUUCUGCCCUCUUGAUCCUCAUACUCAGAUCAAUGCUCGUCUCGUCUUAUCUUUGCAGUCAGUACUGAGCAAUCUGUCAAAGGAGGUGGGCUCAGAAGUCAAGAUAGGAACUUUUCUCAGAAUGGAGGUUGGAGAGGGCAUCCAAAAGUAUGUUCUCCUCUUGAACAUGAUGAAUUCACCUCUCUGUUACAUCCAUCCAUCCAUACAUACACACACACACACACGUAUACGUAUGUAUGUAGUUAUAUUGAUGGGUGAUUUCAUAUGGGCUCAUCCUCUCAUUCACAUAGGAAUCCUAACUGGGUAUUUCGGUGCUCCUGCAGGCUGGAGGCAUCUGCUGCUCCUGAGGUAGGAGCCCGGGCAGGUUAG